UUGAGACAGGCCAGCUACCAAUUUAAAAUUGCUUUCAUAAAGUCUUCUCCUUCUACCCAGUUUAAAUAUAUAUAUACCACAUAACCCACCAAUCUGUAUUCGUAUUCAAAUCCUCCUUUUCUCCUUUCUGUAAUAAUCAAGUGCUAUGGCUACUAAUGAUUUUGGGUUGAUAAUUGGCAUGAUGAUGGCCAUCUUUAUGGCUUCCUUUGUCUCAGCAGAUCCUGAUUUGCUUCAAGAUGUCUGUGUUGCUGAUCUUACUUCUGGUGUAAAAGUAAAUGGAUUCACUUGCAAAGCCAACAUAUCAGCUGAUGAUUUCUUCUUCGCGGGGUUAGCAAAGCCGGGGCUCACAAACAACACCUUCGGUGCAACCGUUACAGCAGCCUCAGUCCAACAAAUCGCAGGGCUAAACACGCUAGGGGUAUCUAUGGCUCGCAUUGAUUAUGCACCAGGGGGUAUCAACCCACCACACACCCACCCAAGAGCCACUGAGAUAGUGUUUGUGCUCGAAGGCGAAUUGGAUGUUGGUUUUAUCACCACAGAGAAUAAACUCUUCUCCAAGACCAUCAAGAAAGGUGAAAUCUUCACAUUCCCAAGAGGUUUAAUUCACUUCCAGAUAAACAACGGUAAAGUUCCUGCUGCGGUUAUUGCUGGCUUCAACAGCCAGUUGCCGGGCACCCAACGGGUGGCUAACGCUUUGUUUGCCUCGUCUCCAACCGUGGAAGAUGUUGUGUUGACUAAAACAUUCCAAAUCGGAACCAAAGAGAUUGAGAAAAUUAAGUCCAAAUUCGCACCAAAGAAGUAAAAUCACAUACCCAACUGUCAGUUUAUGGGGUUUCAUGUUUUUAUUUGUGUUGUUUCUGAAUGCAUUUGUCUGUGACAUUCUAUAUUGUUUUCAUGUUGGAACUAAAAUUGGGAGAAAAUUUGUACUCAAAUCCAUGUAUUCUAGAAAGAUUUUGUCAUUAAAUAAUAAAUUCUUUUUUUUUGGUCCUUCUU